AUGGAUUAUAAUCUAGAAGAUACAAGAAUCGAAUCAAUAUUUCGAUCACCUGAUAUAGAUCAUCAUGAAUUAUUGGGUGAUUUGAAUGAUACAAUGAUGCAUAUUUCUCAGGUUAUCAAUGAUUCAACUUUAUUCUCUCUUACAGUAAAAUUAGGACUUGGUAUUGGUUUAUCAGUAUUAUUUCUUCUGUUGAUUAUCACUAUUAUUAUCAUAUAUCGAGAAUGGUUACGACGAAGUAUACAAUGGAAAAAUGAUACUGAUUAUCAUUCAUAUCAUUGUAAUUCUUGUCUUGAAUAUGCUUUUGGUGGAAAAACAACGAUAAAGAAGAUGACAGGUAUCAGAAUCGGAAGAUUACAGAAUCAUCAUAAAGAUGAAAAUGAUCGAUACCAUAAAUGUAUUUAUGAUAUCGAAAAUUUAUGGUUACUAGAAAAAUCUCGAUUAGUGGUAUUUCAUGAAACGAAACUUGGUUCUGGUGAAUUUUGCAAUGUCUAUAAAGGCGCAAUUGAAGGAUUAGCGCCAAUUUGUAAAGUAAACCCGUCGUUGGCAACUUCUGCAACAUUCAAGGAUUGUAUGUGUGCUGUAAAAAUGCUUCCAUCUAUUGCAGAUGAUAUUGCGCAUGCUGAUUUUAUCCAGGAAAUAAAAUUCAUGAAAUCACUUAAGUAUCAUCCACAUUUGAUAAGUAUGCUUGGUAUAAGUAUUGAUGAUAAUGAUAACAUUAUGCUACUCAUCGAAUACUGUGAUUUGGGUGAUCUUUUACAUUUGGUGAGAAAUAAAAAGAACGAAAUUAUUAUGAAUCAUGAAAAUGAACAUUCAAAAUUACGAAUCAAAGAUUUGGUAUCAUUUGCAUGGCAAAUCAGUGAUGGAUUAGAAUAUUUGAGUGGUAUAGGAUGUGUACAUCGUGAUGUAGCUGCUCGUAAUAUACUUGUCAAUGCUGCAAAUAUUUGCAAGAUAGCUGAUUUUGGUUUAUGUCGAUUAUCGGAUUCGUUUAUUUACACUGAUCAUGAUAGAAGAUUACCGUUAAAAUGGAUGGCACCGGAAUCACUACGAUCAUAUGAAUAUUCAAUUAAAACUGAUGUAUGGUCCUAUGGUGUACUACUUUAUGAGGUAUUUUCAUUUGGUCAAGUACCUUAUGCAUUUUUACAAACGACCGAAAUUCUUAAAUUUUUAAAUUCAGGCGCUCGUCUUAAUCAACCUCAGUAUUGUCCAAUUAAUAUAUAUACGCUGAUGCUUCAGUGCUGGCAAGAUGAACCAUCUUUACGGCCUAAUUUCACCGAAAUUUGCUCCAUUUUACGAGUGAUUCUGGAAGAUAACUUUGGACAUUAUGGAUAUAUGAAGGCAAAUUAA